AAAUACGCGCUCACGUUUCCGCAUGCCGAGCAGAACACGACAGAGAGCGAACGAGUACUCGAGCAGAAGCUCAUCCAACCUGACCCAGCGGCUUUAGAAGAGGAAGUUACCUCCAUCGAGAAAGUGCACGGAGCAUUGAAGAGCUUUCUUUGGAAGCAAUUUUGCACCACGGGGCGCCCUUGGUUCUCGGCCUUUUACCUCCACAAAUCGCGUCAGGCUUGUCGAAUUAUUACCAAGAGUACCCCAGCGUUGUGGGUGCCACACGGGGAGGAGAGGGCACAAGUUUCCGCUGCCUUGUUUUCCCCCGUCGCUGCGGAGCUACUUAAAUCCGCAGGAAUGUCUCAGGAGAGACCCACUUUCUACCGACAGGAGCUCAACAAAACAAUGUGGGAGGUACCGGAGCGAUACCAGAACCUGUCUCCCGUUGGGUCUGGUGCCUAUGGUUCCGUUUGUUCAGCAUUUGACGUGAAGACGAGCCUGAAGGUAGCAGUGAAGAAGUUAUCCAGACCGUUCCAAUCCAUCAUCCAUGCAAAGAGAACUUACAGAGAGCUGCGGCUGCUUAAACAUAUGAAGCACGAGAAUGUGAUCGGACUGUUAGAUGUUUUCACACCUGCAACAAGCUUAGAAGAGUUCAGUGAUGUAUACUUGGUGACCCAUUUAAUGGGGGCGGACCUCAACAACAUCGUGAAGUGUCAGAAGCUGACCGACGACCACGUCCAGUUCCUCAUCUACCAGAUUCUCAGAGGCCUAAAGUACAUCCAUUCUGCAGACAUCAUCCACAGAGACUUGAAGCCCAGUAAUCUGGCUGUAAAUGAAGACUGCGAGUUGAAGAUCCUGGACUUUGGUUUGGCCCGGCAUACGGAUGACGAAAUGACUGGCUAUGUGGCCACUCGGUGGUACCGCGCCCCGGAGAUCAUGCUUAACUGGAUGCACUACAACAUGACAGUGGACAUCUGGUCGGUGGGCUGCAUCAUGGCGGAACUUCUCACCGGACGAACGCUGUUCCCCGGCACGGAUCAUAUUGAUCAGUUGAAGCUUGUCAUGCUGCUCGUUGGAACCCCUAGGUCCGAGCUCUCAAUGAAAAUCUCCUCCGAGUCUGCAAGGAACUAUAUCAACUCACUUCCCCACAUGCCCAAGAGAAACUUUGCGGAUGUAUUUAUCGGCGCCAACCCUCUUGCUGUGGAUCUGCUGGAGAAAAUGCUGGUGCUGGACACAGACAAACGGAUCACGGCAUCCGAGGCGCUGGCCCACCCUUACUUUGCCCAGUAUCACGAUCCAGAUGACGAGCCUGAAGCGGAGCCUUAUGACCAGAGCUUUGAAAGCCGCGAGCUGGAAAUUGAGGAGUGGAAGAGGUUAACUUACGAAGAGGUGGUCAGCUUCGAGCCACCAUCGUUCGACAGGGAUGAGAUGGAGUCAUGAGAAAGAGUGAAGGCAACCAACCUUAGAAACACAUUAAAACCUCUCUGUGACUCGGCACCACUUUCCGAACACUCUCGACACCACCACAAUGUUCAAGUGCCUGCCAUCUUUACAUCUCUGCGGGGUCAUUUUUCAGGGAUUGAACUUGACUUGUGUGUUUCUCCCAUCACUCAUGAAAGUGGUUCAGUUUUUUAUUAGUUUCAAUACAAACUAAUAAUUUAGUGAGGCUAGCAGCUAGCAUUGUGCUCUUUAUAUCGUAAGCAAAUUGGAGCAACUUCUAUUUAGUGGAUAAUGAAAAGAAUACUUGAUAAACAGGAUUGAAAUGUUUUAGGGAGAUAUUUAUAAAAUGAAUUCCACUUUUAAAUUCCAUAUUUUUGUACAUAGGUGUGUUUUAGAAUGACAAGAAAAAACAGUGUUUGCAUACAAGUGAUUCAGCCAGGCCAGUAACCAUAUUGGACCCACAGUAUGAAUGAUGCCAUAAAAGGCAUAAAAGGAGAUUUGUUAUUUAAUGAAUAAAGUAUGUAUGGCAUCUCAGUAUAUGUAACAGUUGCAACUUUGUUUUUAUGAUUUGAUUCAGUCUUUCAAUGUACCGUCUCUACACCCCUGAGAGGUUUGUUGUCUGUUCCUAGUCUUAGCUCCUGUUAGCACUUUAGUUUCUGUCCAUAGUUUAAGCAUAUUCUCACAUCCUGCAGGACCACUAUGGUGUAAUAUGUCUUGAAGUUUAAAAUGUUAUCCACCACAGUAUGGGCUGGCAGUAUACUUUAAUCAUAUUGCGUUCAUAAAUCACAAGUGUUCAUUGAAUGUUUUAUGGACGUCAGGUUGUCUUAUAUUUAUGAUCUUUUCAGAUGUUUUGUAUAUUGAUGUUAAAGAAUGUUAUUUGUGGAAAAAAAAGAAAAAACAAGCUUCAGUUUAUUAUUUAUGGAGAGCUGUCCUUUACCAAACACAAAAUGUAUUGUCUGAUGACUGUAGUUGCGUUUACCAGAACCAAACAAAAAGUUUAAGGCAAUUUGAUUGUUUUAAUAACACUUUGUAACACAUUUUGGCUGUUUACUCAGCGGGCUAUUUGAGGAAGCUAGUCAAAUUUACACAUGCUGCCUUUUAGUGUUUCAUCGGUAAAUACAUAUUUUUAUUCAGGGCUUUUCAAACGUGAUGCUUUAUUGUGUGUUGAAUCAAGCGCUCGUACUUUGAAUAUUUUUUGAGGGGGCGUCUGUUUUUCUCCCAAUGAAUGCUCAAACCACAUCUUGUCAUUGAUUUGAAUCAUAUAUAGAAAGACACAUGUAUGGCAUUUAAAUAUUUACUCCCUAGAUGCUGAAUUCUCAAUUUUAUUAUGGCACAUAUAAUCGUUAAUUUAUUGGUUUUGUUGGCACCACUAUUUUUAGGUCUUUUUUUUACUAUCUGGUUAAUUUCCUUUAAAACGCUACCGUGAGAAAAUAAAGGUGGCUAUUUUUCAAA